ACAGUGGACAGGUAGAGGUAACCUCCCUUGGCCUAACUACUUUUCCAACGUCCCUGCUUUCACUUUCCUCUCGCCAUUUCAACACGCAGGCAGACCUUCCACCCUCUUCAAAAUCGAAGCAAACAAAGAACCCAUAACAUCCACAACUAUCCCUCACCCAUUCUCGUUAAGCUUUUGUCUUAAUAUAUGUCCGAGAGGAGUUUCCGCCGAAGAUUCUCGGCGUCCGGUAGCCGGAAAAGCAGGCCCCCGCAUCCUUCGCCUUCGCCCAGUACAAGGACCCCACCGCCUCGGCGAUCUGUCAAGCAAUCUAAACCCAUAAAGAUUUUGAAGCGCUGCUCCUCGGAGCCGAUGCUCUGGAAGAUUAGCGAGGGUGGUGGGAUCAGUGAAAGUGAAGUUCAGCAACAGAGGAGUUUGUGGUCUGCAGAUGAGAGUGGUGUUUUCCCGCGGCCUCAUACUUAUACGGAUGUUUUUGCUUCCUCUCCUUCCUUGAUGACCUUUUCUCCUCGGAGCUUUGAGGGUUACAAGAAAGACGCAAAGGUGGUGGUUAAUGUAACAGUUGAAGGGAGUCCAGGACCAGUGAGGACCAUGGUUAAAUUGGGAUCUAGUGUGGAGGACACAAUAAAGCUUGUUGUAGACAAGUACGCUGAAGAAGGACGGACCCCUAAGCUUGAUAAGGAUGCAGCAUCCUCAUGUGAAUUGCAUCACUCCUACUUCAGCCUUCAAAGUUUAGAUAAAUCAGAGCUGAUCGGGGAUAUUGGUAAUAGAAGCUUCUAUCUCAGAAGAAGCAGCAGCAACCGUAGUAGUAAUGGGCCGUCCUCUCCUUCCAAUUUACACAAUAUUGUGGUGAGGGAAAACUCAUCACCACCUAUUACACCCCUUCCAUUCUUUUUUUCAUCUUUUGUUGCCCGGAAAUUUGGCAAAAUCAUGAGAAGAUCGCGUAGAAUUUGGAAGGUCUUGGUCUGCUGGCAAUAAUCAAAGAUGCUACCAGUUUGAGAGUACAGCAACAUAUUAUUUGCGGAACUCUUAAAACCUAUUUCUUUCUAUAAUUUUUCACAAAUUGCCUUGUUUAACACCAUAUAAGUGUAAAUAUAAAGCAGCACAUCUCAUUUUAGUUCUAAAUGAUUGGCUUUGUAUAUGGCUGUAAAGAUAUACCCUUGAACUGCAAGGUCAUUUUAUCAAAAGGAAACAUAAUUUAUUUUUGAUUUUCAA